AUGGAGUUCGAGAAGAGAAAGGCAGCAACUUUAGCUUCAAUCAAUUCACCAGAACCAGACAAAUCACCAAAAGGCAACAUAGACGCACCAAUUAUCCCUUUACUCAACACCCUUAACUCACAUCCUUCAUAUUUCACCACCAGUUCUUGUUCUGGCCGUAUCUCCAUUCUCUCAACACCCACCACCCCCUUCAACAACCCCACCAAGAAAAAAGCUAAAGGAGGCAAAUGGGUCUUCAUUUCUCAUGACCCAAUUCAGCCCCACUUGGUUUUACCACUCCUUUUUCCAACCGAGUCAACUCAAAAAGUCAACGAGUUGUCUUUUGAGUUGACUCAGCCACAUAGCCUUGUGUUCAGGUUUGAGCCUUUGAUUAUUGCAGUGGAGUGUAAGGACAUAGGGUCAGCUCAGUUGUUGGUGUCAUUAGCUAUUUCAUGUGGGUUUAGGGAGAGUGGUAUUACUAGUGUUAACAAGAAAAGAGUGAUCAUUGCUAUACGAUGUUCCAUUAGAUUGGAAGUGCCGUUAGGGGAUACUGAGAAGUUAAUGGUGUCUCCUGAAUAUGUAGAGUACCUUGUUACGUUAGCAAAUGAGAAAAUGGAGACCAAUAAAAAAAGAACUGAUAGCUUUCUUGAUGCUUUGUUGAAAAACGGGUUUUCGGGUACACGGAUUGGUAAUGAGGAGUUUUUAGAUAAUGGAAAAGUGGAAAGUGAUGAGGGUCCAGUUUGUUUUAAUACCAAGGAGUCCGAAUUGCUGGAAAAUUCUUUGGGUAAUGGUGUUAGUGGAAAUGGAAAUGCUAAAAGAAGAGACUUUGAUGAUUCUUGUUCUGGUGAAUCUAGUUUUCUUGCAUUGUUGUCAGGAAAACUUAUCAUAGAGUAG